AGCGAAAAAUGUUUUAAAUUUAAAACGACAACGUAAAUGGAAAUGGAAAUGUAUUUGCGAGGGCGGUAACCACGUCAAAGAAGAGCAAGCGGAAUUUUCGCUAUCAAAAAAAAUAAAAUUCGCUAGCAACAAAAAAAAGUAAAACGAAAAAAAUGAAACUGAAACGUCAUCAAACAAAAAAAGAUCGCUGAAAAAGUGCGCGCAGGGGCAGCGGAGGGUCUAACUCGUGCGUUGUCAUAAGCCAAACACUCACACUCAACAGAUACACAUAAAAAGUUGUUAGCAUUUACUUAGACACACGCACACACGCACACACACACACUUACAUCUUUCUGUCCGUCUGUACGCAUAAUUAUGCAAACAAAAAAACUAUUGUUGGAGUUAUUAGCGUUGGAUAAAGCGCAAAUUGGAUCACUAAUGGCAGUUUCGCGUCAUAAGAACAAUCUUAUCAAAUAAACUGAAUUAUUCGCAAAUUUUUCGGCUACCUAACUAAGUUAAUUACGUUAAAGUGCUGCUAGGUGUAAAAGACCACCAAAAACGGGCCCACAUACACACAAGCACACAAACAUCAUAUAAAUAUAUGAUGGCAUACUGCUUGAGUUAUACCCAACGCGCAUGUAGGUUUCUACGAAAUUUAUAACAGAAUACUAUAUCAAGUGAUAACUGGUUUCUCUAAUAGACGUAAAAAUCCAUAAUAUUAUAUAUAUGGCCUUUAGUGAACGGCUUAAAAUUCAAUAUAUGUCAUUUGCGCUAAGUAAAUUUCCGAAAUAUAUUUUUUGAGCAUUCUUCGACAUAUCGCUCUCGACGAAGCGUAGCACAAAGCAGAAAGUAUAGCUGUUAGUUGCGCUGCCAUGACCAAGCAAUAAAGUUUUAUUUAUAGUUAUGGAUGAAUAAGUGGACAAUGUGUGGAAGAAAUAGGUAGGAUUUCUAAGAGGUAUAUUUUAUCUAAAGAAUAUAGGUUUCUUGGAGAUAUCCAGCAGUAGUUUUUAAUGAUUCUUCAAGUACGAGCCUUACUGUGAUUGCCAUGGGUUUUUAAAAUCAACUAAAAUUAAAUAAAAUAACUAAAAUAUAGAGCACAAUACUCAAUCAGCAGAGAGUUUAAAAAAGAGUUGCCAGCAAACUUAAUAUUUGAAAUAUGUACUAACUAACUAAACAGAAGAUUUGAAUAUGACUAGAAAUUAUAAUAAAGCACUCAGAUAUAUUUCUCAAAUAGCAGCUCUCUUCGAUUUGGCACUUCUCAUUUCGCUGUGGGCUCUGCACUCUCUUUAAAAAAUUACACAUGGAAGCAACAACAACGCCAUUCAGUUGAAUUCAAUGGAAGAGAAUAUAAGAAACCGCAUACAAGUGGUAUAGGCACUGUAUUUAUCUUUUAUACCAGUUCAUAUUAUUUAUACCAGUUGUUUAUUCGAUUCACCAUACUCCAAGAACCUCAAUAAUAUCUAUAUAUGAUUUAUUAUGCAAAUUUUUAUUGAAAUUUUACUAAAAGAAAUAUAUUGUUCAUCGAUAAGGAAGGUUUCUAGGAAAAAUAUUACCAUAUGUAGUAUAAAAGUUGUCUAGACAUUUCGUACUACUUAUUUAAUUAAUCUUUUUGUCGGAAAAUUUUAGGUAAUUUUUUACGUAAAACUCGAAGAAUAAUCAACUUAAAGAACGGAAAAGUUAGAUAAGUAGCGGUUAAGCGACAGGUAAAGCGUGGACUCAAUUAGUAUAGAUAAGUAGUUACUUAAAUACUUCCGAGUCCCCUUAAUGCGCUUGCUUUGAGGCUUUAACAGCUGUCUUAUGAAAGAGAAGCACACUUUUCUAUAUCUCACUAUAUCAGAAGCACACUUUUCUAUAUCUCUAUCGUAUUGUAGAUUAUUUAUAUGUAGAUGAGUACAUCCUGCUUAUUUUUUCUUUUUAAUGUUUUUUUGAUUUUUUGUUAGAUUUUAUUUUUUGCUUUUUGUCUUUUCUUUGAACAUAUGCUCGCUUUCAAAAUUAUGAAAGCUCUUCAAUUUGGUCAAGUUCAAUGCUGCUCACGCAUUUCAACACCUCUUCAGUUAAACAGCUCUCUUUUUAUGCUUUUCAUGCCGUUAUUUCACUAUCACUACCUUCGCUCUAACUAACUCUUGCGCUCUCUUUAGAAUACAAUGCAUUUUCUGCAAAAGCUUUACCGAUACUAAAUCGGUUUGGCUAAAGAUUUGUUUACAUUUUGUAAGAGAGCAUCACGGUGAUCGUGUUUUUUGUUUUGGUACGAAUUUUUGUUUUUGAGAGCAUAAGAUCAGUGUUUAUGUACUUAAAUACAUACUUUAUAUAUAGUAGAAAAGUUGAAUUGGAGAAGGGGUUUCUAUUAAGUUAUGAUUAGAAGGUACUUCAAAUCAUUAUUUCAAUAUUUUCGCGGACUUCACUGAGUUGAAAGCAAGCUAUGGUUAGAAAGCUAGUUCGUGUAUUUGACUCUUCAACUGGAUUUCUAUACUUUACUAGUACAAGAAAAGGCUUGUUUCUUUUAUUAUAUUAGAUUUUUUUUUUAAUUUUUAAAUUUUUUUGGGAUUCGCCUUGAAAACAAUAAAAAAUAAUUAAAGAAAUCUGCAUCGUCGUGUCACUACCUCAUAAAAUAUACAAACGAAUGACGUCAGUUUAAGAAUUUCUCUUGCAACGAUCAUUAAAUAAAGCAAAUAAAAGCUUUAUAGAAAUUUACAUAUUAUAAUACAUAUAUGUAUAUAUAUUCUUGUAUGCACAAGUGCAGCGAAAGCUGCAACAACGUAAUUUCUGCAGUUUACAUCACAAUUAGAAAAAAAGCCCAAAUUUCAUUGUCAAAGUGAGAAUAUCGCAAUUCUUUCCGACACUAGUUGCCGCAGAACAAUCGCUUAGUAAAGUCGUAAUACAUAAAAACAAAAUAAUUGAAUAAUGCAAAAAAACCCCAUGGCAUAAUAGUAUUAUUACUACUUGAGUUAUUAAACAAGUGUUUUAAAAGUGAAUUCUAGAGAAGUAACAAUUUUUUUCGCAAUAAUUUAAUGUGAAACUAUUAAAUACAGUAUAUGAAAGUCGAUGCAUCUGAUGAAAUAUAGAAAACUUAGCAACUUUUAUUAAAUGAUGAUUUAAGUGAAAGUGAUUUAAAAACGGAGUAUUAAAUUAUAAAUAAACUGCAUUAAAAUAAUUAUAUAAACUACAUAAAAAUGGCUGCCUUCUUGCAACGAUUUAAGAUGAUGCUGCAACGGUAUCCCGUUACGCGCGGUAUGGUUUCCUAUAGCCUGAUUUGGCCGACCAGUUCGUUAAUACAACAGACCUUCGAAGGGAGAAGUUGGCCUGACUACGAUUGGUGGCGUGCGUUACGUUUCAGUCUAUAUGGCGGUCUUUUUGUUGCACCAACGCUAUACAGUUGGAUUAAGGUCUCCAGCGCCAUGUGGCCACAGACAUCACUGCGUACGGCCGUUUUCAAAACAGUCGUGGAACAAAUGUCCUACACACCUGCUGCCAUGACAUGCUUUUAUUUCAUAAUGAGUCUGUUGGAGAUGAAGACUGUGGGCGAAGCCGCGGCGGAGGUGCGCAAAAAAUUCAUACCCACGUAUAAGGUCGCCAUGUCCAUUUGGCCCAUUGUUGGCAUCAUAAAUUUCUCCGUCGUACCAGAGAAGAAUCGUGUGCCUUUCAUCAGUGUUUGUAGUUUGUUAUGGACAUGCUUUCUGGCUUAUAUGAAGCAUCUGGAACAUCAGCAUGUCGAUGAAAUGGAGGGUAUAUUCACAUCAAAGGAGGCUAAAGUGAAAUUAUAAAUGGUUGACAUAGUAUGUAUUAUAGUUUUUAAUACUAAUUUUAAUAAAUUAUUUGAAAUUUGUGGUCUGUAAUAAUUAAUAAAAUGUAACUAGUUUUUUAAAUAAAUAAUAAU